AUGCACUUUUCUCCGCGCGCGAUUACCGGCAUUGCCGUCUUCAUCACCGUUGCGAUAUUAUACACGAUCAACGCAGUCUCUGCGCGCGACCCUACUUCGUUUUUCUUUAACCCUCGCAAAGGAUAUGCCGCGAAAUACUCCACCAUUCGACGCCAGCAGGCCGAGGACUUCCUGCAAGCUUAUCACGACACGCCGAGCCACGAUGUUAUGAAAGCCGGGCCGGAGAGGGACAGGAAGCUCUGUAUUGGCAUACCUUCCUUCAAGCGCGACGGAGUGGACUAUCUGCGAGAUACCGUAGGCUCGCUGCUUGAGGGCCUGACAACAGCAGAGCGACAGGAAAUAUACCUAAUAGUGUUUAUACCACACUCGAACCCGAACGUACACCCCGACUAUAACGCCGCUUGGCUACCUGGACUGGCAGACCAGGUCCUGACAUAUCAGUUUGGCGACGACCAGAUGCAACACAUCCGUAAUAUGGAACGACAGGGCGGCCUAUACGUCGAGAAAGCACUAUUCGACCACAGGUAUCUCCUAUCAGCGUGUGCCGAGCAAUACACACCUUACAUUGCUAUGAUCGAGGACGACGUCAUAGCUAUGGAUGGGUGGUACCACCGGACGAUGGACGCCAUCAAUCAAGCCGAACAGCACGCUGCGGAGCGCCGCGCAAGGGCGGAUUUCCUCUAUCUUCGUCUAUUCUACACAGAAGAGUUCUUUGGAUGGAACGCCGAGGAUUGGAGGAGUUACCUAUACUACUCUUUGUGGACUGCCAGUGUGCCCACCGCAAUUCUGCUUUUCGUGCGCUGCGCCAGACCAACGACAAAACUCUCCCUCACAAUCACCACACCGCGCUCCGUCGUCGCGAUUUACUCUCUUCUCGCAACCGGUAUCCUUAUCUAUUUCGGGAUGGGUCGCAAUACUGUACUUCCCAUUCCCACCGGCGUGGCUGAGAUGGCUGAGUACGGCUGCUGCGCUCAAGGGUUUGUAUUUCCGCAUUUGAAGGCCCUCGCACUUAUCGAAUAUUACAAAGACCGACGCCUUGGAUUUGUGGACGUCCUGACCGAGGAUUACGCCAACGAACGAGGAGAACUGCGAUACGCCAUGACACCGAGUGUAUUGCAGCACGUGGGCAAGAAGAGCAGCAAGAUCGACGACUAUGGGCCACAAAGCAAGUGGGGCAGGAGCGUUGCCGAGAAGAUCUGGAGCUUUACAUUCGAAAAAUUCGAUUGGAGGAAGCUAAGGCGGGAACACGAAGAGAGUGCGAGAAGAAAGAGCGAAGCGCAGGCCGAGAGAGAGGCGCGAUUUGCCAAUCAACAGGCUGGCGUAUGA